AUGGGCUUGAAUCAUGCUGUAUUUUAUUGUAUAAAACUUUGGGAAUCGUCUAUCCCUGCUUUAUUGUACUAUACACUGUUUUCUGGUUCCUAUUUUGAUUUAUUCAAUCCAUGGUGUUUGCGCUUUGCUCGGGGUCGGGCCGCAGCGUCGUGAGCCGGCCAUGCUCCCGGCCUCUACGACUGCAAAUAGCCCAGAGAUGCGGGUUCAAGACCGAUGGCAGGAGUCGAACGUCGGGCUUCUGGAUCCCCACAGGUGGUAUCUCGAAAAAAAUUGCUGAUGGCGGAAAAGAGGAUGCAAAUGCUCUGCUGGUCAGGGGUGGCUUUCUUCGCCAGGCGUAUUCUGGGGUAUUCCAUCUCUUACCUCUUGGAUUACGAGUUCAAGAUAAAUUUGAGCGUUUAAUUGACAAACAUAUGCGAUCUCUCGGAGCAUCAAAAGUCGCGCUCUCAUCAAUAUCUUCCCAAGAACUUUGGGAAAAAUCCGGUCGACUGACUGAAGAUUCUGAGGUUUUUCGAUUCACGGAUCGGAAGGAGUCCCGCUUCCUUCUUGCCCCAACCCACGAAGAGGAGAUAACGACUCUGGUAGCCAGUCUCACCAAGUCAUAUAAGGAUCUUCCCUUACGACUUUACCAAAUCACAAGGAAAUAUCGCGAUGAGCCGAGGCCAAGACAAGGCCUGCUUCGCGGGCGAGAAUUCGUGAUGAAAGACCUCUACACUUUUGACUACAAUGUUGAAGAGGCACUGAAAACAUACCAUGCUGUAAAGGGUGCCUAUGUUCAACUAUUCAAGGAAUUAAAGAUACCCUUCCUGGUUGCUGCGGCGCACUCUGGCAGCAUGGGCGGGAGCAUGAGUCAUGAGUUCCACCUUGAGAGCUCAAAAGGCGAAGACAAUGUCAUCAGCUGCUCGCAUUGCGAUCAUGUAUACAACGGGGAACUUGAAAAUGGGGUGUCCAAUGCACCCGAUUCCCAGGCUUCACUCGCUAGCGAGUCGUUUGGGGCAACCAGUGGAGGGCCGCCUGCCAUAUCAAAUGGUUUAUGGAUGGCCAUUUCCAGCGAUAGAAAGACGCUGGUAAGAGGGUGGUAUCCGGAAUUCCUUAUGCAAGAAGGCAACGAGGAGCCUGUCAGGCGGCGAGUCAGUUCGCACGCUGUCAAAUCGAUUGCCCAGGCUGCUGGUGUGGACUUGGACCUGAGCAUCGAAAAGCCUCUGGAACUAUGGGUUGCGAAGCUCAAAGUCGACAAAUCAUGCGGCUCUGGGUCUGCAAGAGUACUGGAUCUGUACGAUUCGCAUGUACGCGUAUACAAACGCCCUCCUCUGAGCGACUUGAUGAACGAGCUUGAUUUACCCACUGUGGAGGUCGAAUAUUCGAUGCUAGACCGCUUUCCCGGAACGAACCAUGGCCUUAGCCUUCUCCAGGUUCACGACGGCGAUAAAUGCCAGAAAUGUGCCCAAGGAUCUCUCAAGGUCCACACCUCUGUCGAGCUGGGCCAUACCUUUCACUUGGGUACGCGCUAUAGUGAAGUUCUAGAGGCAUCCGUGCCAGUGAAUCGAUCAUUACUUGAUGCCCCGGAAAGCUCGAGCACUUCAUCAUCCGAAAGCCAAAUCGUCCCGAUGCAGAUGGGUUGCCACGGCAUUGGAGUCUCCCGACUGAUCUCAGCCGUGGCUGAUAACCUUGCCGACUCGCGGGGUCUGAACUGGCCGAGAGCCGUGGCGCCUUACGAGGUCGCUGUGGUCCCUGGAGAGGGACUCGAAGAAGUGGCUGAGAAGGUGUACGAUUCGUUGACCACAGACCCGACCACCUCUGCUGAUGUGAUCCUGGAUGACCGUACCAAGUCGAUUGGAUGGAAGCUGGGCGAUGCCGACCUUAUUGGAUACCCAGUCAUCAUUGUGGUCGGUAAAGGAUGGAAGAAGCAGCAAGUCUUGGAAGUUCAAUGCCGUCGCUUGGACAACCUCCGAGAAGACGUUUCACUUGAACAACUGCCGACAUUUGUCAAAUCUCUGCUGGAUAGACUUUAAUCUGCGACUGAUGUAUCACAAACCCGUGUAAUUUUUAUUCUGUACAAUAACAAUACUAUCAUCUUCUCUCAAAC